AUGAUGAGUAUCUUUCUAAAUAAGCCAACAUCGCCGUAUAACUCGACUUCCUACUUUUGUAAAGUUUUAUAUUGCCUUGCAACCUAUACCGACUUGGUCAAACUAGUUACCAUAGCCGUUUUGUGUUACUGCGCUGUCCAUAAUCGCCGUUACGACAAAGAACAUUUGGGAGAUCGUUUCCAAACUAUUUCCAUUAUUAUUCUUGUCAUCUUGUGGAUUUAUCCUAUUUUAACCGUUAUUCUACCUAUUAGUGCUAAUUGGGGCACCGUAGUUUAUUCUCAGACAUCAGGACUAUGCGUUUUAUCUGUUUCAUCAGAUCAUCCCGUACAAUUAAUUACUUUCCUGUUAUAUGCUUCAAUUUUUGGAAUUGGAAUACCAAUGAGUAUCACUCUCGUCUAUUCCGUAAAAAUGUUAUUCUUUAUAAGAAAAAAACCAACAAAAAGGAUUACCUUUGGGCACAGUCUUGAAGAUAAUAAAUUUCAUCGAGCAGAUACUCAAUUAGGCAAAGUUACUUUGCGUGUUGCUGUAAUGGAUUUUGGCUUAAAUGUACCUUGGGCAAUUGUUCAAAGUGUGCGAGUUUUCGGUGUUGACAUUCGCGUAACUAUUCUAUAUUACUUGCUAAUUUUUAUUAGUUGUCUAGGUAGCGUAUUUAACCCGUUCUUAUUUUAUCGUAAAGAAACUCGAGAUAAGAGACAAUCAAGAUGUAGUAGUCCAGAAAGAUCUAAAAUUCUUUAUACCGCUACAAAUCGUACGAGAAUCAAUUAA